GAGCCUUGCGGAUGGAGGGGCCCAAACACGCAGCCGACUGCCAUCCAUCCCUUUUAGCCUUGAUUCAGCCUUUUAAAGGGGUUUAGAGUGGCAAUGUGACACACAAACCAUUCUUCAUUAUGAAAGGUUAGAAGUUAUCCCCAAGAGACAACACUGUACCCUUGUCCUGCAGUUUUCAGUUCAUGGUAAAUCCGUAGUUAAUUCAGAUUUUCCUUUUCUUUACUGGCUUUCCAUCUUGCAAAUCUCCAAAGCCAGGAUGUUGGUGUGUGCCAGAGUUAUAAAUGACGGGAUAUCCUUGAGAGCUAAUGCAGCAUCAUGUUCCAGUUCUACUACAAAGAUCUUGUGUCCUCCCUGUGAUGGUAGUUCAGACAUGGAAAGUUCAGUUCUAACCUUGUGUUAGUGAUGGGUAAAAACCCGAGUGGGUAUGGGAAGGGAGCUUUCUCUAAACACCUUGUUUAAACAGGAGGUUUUUACUUGAGUGCUUUUUUAAAUUUGUGAACCUGGUGAUCACAAGGACACAUGGAUUUAUGAAAUUCAUAGUAUUUGAGAAUCAAUCACAGUGUCUCAUAAAAGGGGGAGCAUGGCAGACUAUCUCAGUCAAGUUUAUUCUGACACUUUAGCAGUAAGCCUUACUUCCUUUAACUCAGUUAUGGGUAGCCCAUAGGAUCUUACUACAGAUUUUGGUCUCUUGACCUUUAGCAGAAGAUUGGGUUCCAGUUGAGUGGGGAGACUUUCUUCUGAGAGAUAUACCCUGUUUUAUUAUUUUGGAUUCAUUUAAGAAAGAGGCUGAUAUUACCUAAACUUUGCAUAUAUAUUCUACCACAGAACUUUUUACUGGGCUGACCCUCUUGCUAGUUUCACAUAUGCAGGGACUUUGGGUUUGUUUUGGUGCUUAUAGGACACCUUAUGGGCCUGAAAAAACUUAGAUCUUAGUACUGAAAUACAUCUUCUGGUUUUAUUUGGUGCCAGUCUAUAAAGUCUUUUACAUACUGUAGAUCUGAACAAUUUUAUAUACCUUUUGGAAAUGUUCAUCUACCAACACUUGAGAAAAGACCAUAAGGCAUAUAGCCAGAAAGUGUCAGCUGACCUUCAUUUCACCGGCAUUUAAAAGCUUUUAUAGAGGGAAACAUUAUUUGUCCAAAAGUAUUUGUUGUUUGAGUUGGUCAUUUUGACAGUUAACUGUCAGUUAUGACUGCAUUUCCAGUCUCACCUUGAUUAUUUCCAUAGAGGUUUAAGUGCUCGGAGUGUAACUUAUAAGAUUAUCUCUUGAACACAAGCAUUGAUCCUCUACCAGUGGAUAUUUAAGAGAAGUGGGAAUGACUCAUUUUUAGUUCUGGUAUGAAAGAUUAGUUUCGUGAACGGGCAAGUAUAGAACCUGUUCUAGUUGUUUCCCUUGCAAAGAAAGAUCUCUUCAGGUCCCAGUGAACAUGGUUGGGAAGUUUGUUCUUGAUGCUCAUGAGCAUCUUUAUCUGUCAAGUUCACAUCAGAGAGUUGAGCAAGGAGAGUUGUGUUGAAAUGUAAACUUUUAUUAUUAGGCCAUGAUAGUUGGAAUUUUAAAAAUUUAAAUAAUGAAGUUAAUGACAGAAAAAGUGAUGCUCAUAAAUCUUGGGAAAGGUGAAUAGAACUAGAACAGUGCAGUCUCCUUAAGGAUUUUCUGGUGUUCCAUCCAAGUUGAUGCAGUUUUAUUUGUUUUGUUGCUUGUUUUCAUUUUAUUGUUUUUUCUGGUGCUGGGGAUUGAACAUAGGGCCUCAAGCAAGCGUUCUACCUCUGAACUGCAUUCCCAGAUCUUAUUAAUGGGAUAGUUAGAUCAUGGCUCAUUAUUUAUACAUAUAGAUUCUGGUUAUUCUCAGAUAACUCAAGGAUUCUCUUGAUUUCACAUACACACAUACACACAUACACCUCUUUCCCCCCUCCUCUCUUUCUCUUUUCUCCUUUUCUUUCUUACCUACCUCCAUCAUUACCCAGAAACCACUAUUCCAGAAGUAGAAGUGGGGAAGACAUAGAAAAAAAGGAGGAAGGGACUAGAUAAAGCAGCCAGCAAUCCUUGCUGCACUUGAGUGUACAAAAGGCAACCCUAAGGGAAAUUAUACUCUAGAGGGCAACUGAGUUAAGACAGUGGAGAAUUUUAGUAACAAAGAUGAUUUUGGACCAGACCCAAGCUAGUGUGGGAUUUAAAGAGAAAUAUUCAAAGGACACUCAAACUACUUGAAGCAAAGGUACACCUGAGGAAAAAACGGGAGUGCACAUUUGCUUCUAAUCAUAAAUCCUGAGUGUUUCCAGGCCAAGGAAAAUGCCAUUUUUCUCUAGUACUAGCAUUAACUGGAGCUAGUUAAAACUGAAAGUGGACUUGAGCCCUUUCUGAGAAAGCAGAUUUUUCAGCUCAGUCUGAUAUCUCAUGUGGGCAAUAAGGUAUUUAUUAAGUAGGAAAAAUUAAGUUCAGUAGUCAGCAUUAUUAUUAUUUAUUUGUUUACAUUCACAUAAGUAUUCAAUUAUAAAGGUGUCCCCCUCAUGCCCUUGUGACCAAUAAUACAGUGGAAUGAGAAAUUUGUUAGUUGUUAGGUAUCUUUACAUCCAGAGAAAAUCUCUCUUUUUUUUUUUUUUUUUUUUGAACCUGGAAUUGAAUUCAGGGGCACUUAACCACUGAGCCACAUCCCCAACCCCUUUGAUUUUUUAUUUAGAGACAGAGUCUCACUGAGUUGCUUAGGUCCUCGCUAAGUUCCUGAGGCUGGCUUUGAACUCAGAAUCCUCCUACCUCAGGCUCCAGAGGUUCACAAUCCUCCUACCUCAGGCGUGUGCCACCGCACCUGGCCUAGCAAAAAUCUUAACCCCUAAAGUGUUCUCCAUUCUCAUCAUGUCCUAAGAAUGUAGCCCUCUGAUUAGUAACCUAAAGAACAGAAGAUACUUUGGGCUCACUUUUAAUUACAAUUCUUAUGAAGUACUUAAUUAUUUUUUUUCCUUCCUGCCCAAAUUUAUUUGAAAAUGUGUUUGUCUGAGACCUAUGACAGCUGAGGGUUUUUAGGUACAUCUUAUAACUUGAAUUAGAGACUUUUGAUAUGAUCUGAAUAGAUUAGGAAAUAUCUUCUUUAAAGUACUUAUUAGGUCUGGUUGAUUUUCUAGAGCUGAUCCAAAUUACUUCCAAGAGACACAGGCCAGAAAAAUAGCUCUGUAUAGGCACCUUUUUCCUCCAUGGUAUAUAUAUCCUGGGUAGCUACUCUGCAGUAAUACAGCUUUGUCGUUCUGGGCAGUGUUGUUAUUCCUGCUGCAUAAUUAGCAACUAGUGAGAUCAUAGUCUGGGGAGAUUCUGGCAUUACAGAGGCAAAGCAAGAGAGGCUUCUCAUCACACAUGGCUUUGGCUCUGACAGCAUUUCUCCUGAACAAAUUCAUGUCCUUCUGGAACUUAAGUCCAAAGACAGAUAAGGAGAAAGAUUUGUACCUGGGAAGUGAACUUUAGGACUCCUUGGUUGUGUGACAGCUUAUUGAAAACACUGCCUGCCAUAUUGAUGUAACCAGAAUCAAAAUUGUCACUUCUUUUGCUAUUUGUUUUCCCCUUGCUGAUUUCUUUUCAGAGGUCAAAGAUUGUAAAGCUACAUUCUCCUUGCACAGAGGAUGAUGAUAGACCAGUAUGAGAUUAUGAAAGAUUCUGGUUGUUUUUGCUUUUAUUUUGUGUUGUGGUGAUAGGGAUUGAACUCAGAGCUUUGUGUAUGUAGGCAAGCUGUCUACCACUUACCUACAUCUGCAGCCCCAGAUUCUGGGUUUUGAAGCCAGUACAGAUUGUAAUCUUGGGACCUUUAGUACUAAAUUUGACCUUUUUAAAAGUUGGUGAGACAGUUUAUACUUGUGAAGAUCUGGGUCAAGGGUAUUCAUGACUGCCAGUAUCCUUCAAAAUUGAGAGCCUGGAGCAGUAUUUCCAAAGGUGUGUUCUGAGGAUUAUCUGUUCCCUAACAUAUUUUAGAAACAGUGGGUUCCAUAAUCAGGUUUGUGAAACACUGCAUUCUGUUUACUCCCGGCCUUUGCCGUGUAUAUUAAUAUAUUAAAAGCCUCUAAGAGGUUCUGCCAUAAGCAGUUUUCUAAACAAUUUUGACACAGUAGUGCUAUUUCCAUGUAAAAGCUAUUAAUAUCCAUGGAAUUAAUAUAUUUAAGAUACACACUUUGAGAAGUGCCAGGCUGUUAUGUUAUUACUAGGAAAAAUAAUUGGGUCUAGUCUUGGUUUAGGCAAAGCUUAAUUCCACCUCUGAUCUCCAGUCCCUCCCACUGGUUCCUUGGAGAACCGCUCCUAUGUGAUCAGAAGAACAUUGACUGUUAUCUUGGGCUAAUGAAGCCUAAGCCCAGCUGGAUUGGAAUCAGAGGCAUUCCCUCCAUUGGGAAGGAUGCUGCUGCAACUCUUCUCACUAUUCUAAGAGUGACUGAUCCUGGAGGAGCUGAUAGAAAAUAAAAGUAGGCGCAUACUGGCCAGAAUCAGUUGAGAAAUGACCUAAUCUUGAGAACCAGACAUUAGUGCUAGGUCAGGUACUUUCUUUCUUCAGUUAGAGAGCUGUGUAUGUAGACUUAGGAGGGGUCUGUCUUAGGAAUGCUGAUUCCUCUUUUCCCCUGGGCAGAAUCCUAAUGCAGCGGGUUAGCUGGUGGUGAGCAGAAGCUUGGGGCCAACCUGGUAGGCUCCCCAAGGAAACCCUUUGAAACCAAUGGAUGCAUUCACGGGCUCGAGUCUCAAAAGGAAGUUUGAUGAUGUGGAUGUGGGCUCAUCAGUUUCCAACUCAGAUGAUGAGAUCUCCAGCAGUGACAGUGCUGACAGCUGUGACAGCCUCAAUCCUCCUACAACUGCCAGCUUCACACCCACAUCCAUCCUGAAGCGGCAGAAGCAGCUACGGAGGAAAAAUGUCCGCUUUGACCAGGUGACGGUAUACUACUUUGCCAGGCGCCAGGGUUUCACCAGUGUGCCCAGCCAGGGUGGUAGCUCUCUGGGCAUGGCCCAGCGCCACAACUCUGUACGCAGCUAUACACUCUGUGAGUUUGCACAAGAGCAGGAGGUGAACCAUCGAGAGAUUCUUCGUGAGCAUCUGAAGGAAGAGAAACUCCAUGCCAAGAAAAUGAAGCUGACCAAGAAUGGGACCGUGGAGUCGGUAGAGGCUGAUGGCCUGACACUGGAUGAUGUUUCAGAUGAAGACAUUGAUGUGGAAAAUGUGGAGGUGGAUGAUUACUUCUUCCUGCAGCCUCUUCCCACCAAAAGGCGACGGGCCCUGCUUAGGGCUUCUGGGGUUCACCGCAUUGAUGCUGAAGAGAAGCAAGAACUUCGAGCCAUCCGCCUAUCUCGGGAAGAAUGUGGUUGUGACUGUCGACUAUAUUGUGACCCAGAAGCAUGUGCCUGUAGCCAGGCUGGGAUUAAAUGCCAGGUGGAUCGCAUGUCCUUUCCGUGUGGCUGCUCCAGGGAUGGCUGUGGGAACAUGGCUGGGCGCAUUGAAUUUAAUCCAAUCCGAGUCCGGACUCAUUACCUCCACACCAUCAUGAAGCUGGAGCUAGAGAGCAAGCGGCAGGUGAGCCGCCCGGCAGCCCCAGAGGAGGAGCCCUCACCCACUGCCAGUUGCAGCCUGACAGGAGCCCAGGGCUCCGAGACACAGGACUUCCAAGAGUUCAUCGCGGAGAAUGAAACAGCAGUGAUGCACCUGCAGAGCGCAGAGGAACUGGAGCGGCUCAAGGCCGAGGAAGACUCUAGUGGUUCCAGCGCCAGCCUGGACUCAAGCAUUGAGAGCCUGGGUGUGUGCAUCCUGGAGGAGCCCCUGGCCGUUCCUGAAGAGCUGUGCCCAGGCCUCUCAGCCCCCAUUCUCAUUCAGGCUCAGCUGCCCCCAGGCUCCUCCGUCCUGUGUUUUGCUGAGAACUCAGACCACCCGUCUGCUUCCACGGUGAACAGCCCAUCCUACUUGAACAGCGGGCCCCUGGUCUACUACCAGGUGGAGCAGAGGCCAGUCUUGGGAGUGAAAGGAGAGCCUGGUACAGAAGAAGGCACAGCUUCUUUCCCCAAGGAGAAGGAUCUGAGUGUCUUUUCUCUCCCUGUUACCUCACUGGUGGCUUGCAGCCCCGCAGACCCAGAUGCCCUCUGUAAAUCAGAGGUGGGGAAAACACCCACUCUAGAAGCGCUAUUGCCCGAAGAUUGUAACUCUGAGGAGCCCGAGAAUGAAGACUUCCGUUCCUCUUGGUCCCCCUCAAGCCUCCCUUUCCACACGGACACUGAAGAAGGCUGUGGGGUGGAGAAGACCUCCCAGCAGAAUGAGGACCGACCCCCUGAAGAGUCUGCCCUAGAACUCCCUCUAGCAGUGUGAUGUGGGGGUGGAGAUACUGCCUCGCACCCAUUCUCUAUUUAUUCCCUUAUUUUAUCUAAUGCCAUUUCAAAACAAAACUGUAGAAGCAGCUGCUGCUCCCAUGUUAUUUUAUUGGGGUCUAUGGGAAAUGGGUGGGAAAGGAUUGUUUGUACAAGUAUUUUUUAAAAGGGAAACAGUACCAAGGAAACCAGCCCCAGCUUGAUGUGGGGAUAGGUUAGAGGAAGCUGCACAGUGCUGAACACUGAGCUUUCUGGGCCAUUGGAACAAAGCCGUAGGACCUCACAGGAGGAGCUGGGUAAUUCAAGCAGCUAUUUAUGUAGGGACCAGAACACGAGAAUCUGUACACAGGGCAAAAAGUCCCUGCUCUCCUGGGCUCCAGGCAGAGUGAAAGCUUAUUUCUCAGUGGUUGCUCUGAUACCCAUUUUGGUAUAUCCAGUCAUACUACUGGAAAGGCCACCUGGUUGGAUCUAGUGAGGAGAGGCAGAAAGGUCUCUGUUUCUGUACAAAACCUCCAGGAUUUCUAAAAAUUUACCAUACCUUCCCCGGAUCCCCUAUUUGAUAAAUAAGUUAAUAUUUGACAUGUUUGGUGUUCCCUGACCUGCUCCCCAUACUGGGGAUUCUUGGUCUAUAACUUGAAUUGUUUCUUUCACAUGUUCUUAGAUAUAGAGUUAAACUUGUCUUUUUUUCCUCCGUCCUUUUUCCUUUGAAGAAAAAGUGAGAUUGGCUGGGGAUGUGGUAUAAAGAGCCUGAGGCUUCUGCCAUCGUCUUAACAUGAGCUCUGUUGUUGGGCAGCUUCCGGCUGGGCUCACCCAUCCCCUAGGAAGCCUAUAUGGAGCAUUAACUAUAUCCAAAGGAGGCUGCAGGAACAACCUGCUGUCUGGAAAGAUGACUUUAUUUGUGUCAUGCUUACUUUUUCACACAGGUUUUUUUCCCCUCUCUUUGGGAGAUCUGAGCUUUAAAUGUAAUGUAAGAUGUGGCAAUUUAAGGUCACCGACUAGUUUUUGUGUAUCCACACUCAUGGUCCUUCUUUGAUAUACAGGGUUACACAGUUCUUAUACUACUCCAGUUCAACCCCAAGAAUUGCAAAUGUUUAUUGCUGCUUGAUAAGAUAUAAAAUUGGAAUCUACCAAUUCUUAGAUGCCACGUAGAAUUUCCAGGUUCCAAAGGAUUAAGAUCUGAUUGUAACCUUUGAAAUGUAUAAAGUGGGAUUCAAAUUCAGUUCUUACCUCUGUCAAUGGUUCCUGUUCCUUUUAUGUUUAAAUCAAGACCUGCUCUAUGAACAACACUGAUUUAUUUUAUAGGCAAAGUUACCUUUGCCUCUGUUUUAAAAUGAAAAUGGUAGGGAGCAAAACACUAUUCUUUAGCAUCUUUAACACCAUACUUCACAUCUGGUAUGCUUUAUUAACCAGUUAAAAAACACUUCUGGUGGGCAGGGAGAGUGGGGGAGAUAAUUAUUCUUAUCUUGCUCAUAAAGCCUUUUCUUGGGGGAUAGCCAGGCCCUGGUACGUUAAAGCAGCCUUCAGGUAUGUGGCAGCAGCAUUUCACUUAUAAAAUCUAAGCCUGAGGGCCUUGUAUUUAUUUAAUACAGAUAAAUAUUUUAACCCAUUCCGCCUUUCCUGUUCAUUCCUGUUUUUGCUUGGUUUUAUGUUUGGAGGGAAGGUCUUAAGUUACAUAGGUCCAUAUCUCUCCCCAUCACCCAGCCUCACAAAAUAAUUGAGUCUUAAGUACCUUCAAUCUAUAUGAUCUAGAUGCUUUUCCAAACUGAGCUGCACUCCCCCACCUUAGACUGGAACCAUGGAACCCAAGACUGAAGCUUACUUGGGAUUUUAGUUCUAUGGAAAAAAAUAUUUUCUCAAGUUUGUUAGGAGAGGGAGAGCUCUAUAGACUCCCUCCGUAGGAAGCCUCCUGCUUAAUUUAGGAAGUGGAUUCCAACAGCUCGCUAAGAAAUACAUUAGCCUUUGGGAUCAAAUGAAUUUAAAUUUGUUAUUAUUAAACUCAUUGCCAAUCCAUAAGGUAAGAUACAUGAUAUUUCUACAAAACUCUAGUUUCUUAAUCUAAGUCCAUCCCUUUAUUAACUCUACAAUUCUGAUUCACGCUGACCCCAAACUUCUGAAUGCUAAAUAUUAACAUUUAGCAUUAACUGUUGUCAAGCAAAGGGCCUUUUCUACAGCCUAGUCCAUCUCACUUCUGGUGCUACCCGAGUUGGACAAAAUUAUAGCUCAUGGUUGCUAGGAGAGCUAGGCCUCUGAUCAUAGAAGCAGAUUGCUUCAAUCCCACUUAGUCUUGGCCUUGAUUAAAAAAAAAAUGAUUCUUAUUAACAUAAUUCUUAUUUUCUAGUUUCCUUUCUCACAUACUGUAUACAGGUAGUAUUUUCAAUGUGAAUCCAAAGCUCGUCUGGUUCUCUGAAAACAAUUUUCCCCCUUUAGGUUCUUUACAUUGUGAUAAUGCUGUAUUUAAAGAGAAUAUUUAAAUGUAAUAUUAAAGAAAUAUUCAAAAGAA